UAAAUUUAAAAGUAUAUAUAUUAGUGAAUUAGUAAAAGAAUGAACAAAUGAAUGAAUGAACGAACAAAUAGGUAAACUCUAUUUGUAGCACGGAAAUUCUUGGGAAAAAGUACGUUUCCGUUUUAGAAACUACAUAAACUCUUUGGAAACUCACCAAAUAAUAUUUUUUUGAGCAAAAGUUGAUUUUUCUCGUUUCCUGUUUAAUUUUUGCGUUUCCGUGCAACAUAGAUUUUCAUUUGAUGCAGUUGCUGGCGGCGCAGCUGUCAUCACUUGAGGCGCUAAAGCAAUUGUAAAGCCUUUUAGUCCGUCAUCAGCCGUAGCUUCCGAUUCACUACGUACCUUACCUGAAAGCAAGUGAGGCUAAAAACUCCUCCUUUGACAUAUUCCGCAUUUCCUCGAGCUUUUUGGUGUAGUGCCUGGCCCUAAUAUUGAGAGUAGUGCCUGGCCCUGGCCCCCUAUAGGCCUGUACGUAAGAGCAGCAAGAUCAUAGGUUCUUGCAGCAGCCUCUUCAUUGUCAUAUGCCCCUUCAUUCCAUUUCAGAAACAAAUAUCACUAUAUUCAGUUCAAAAUUCUGAUGAGUUGCAGAUGUCAAGGAUCAUGAGAAAAGAAAGAAACUUGAUAAGUACAUAAACCAAGUGACUACUUAAGGUAAGAAAAUAAGAAACUGCAAACACAACAUAGAUCAUCAAAUCCCAUUUAUUUAAAGUUUUACACAAAAAAUAUAAUAGUUCAUUGCUAAAACAAAAUAAGGUUAAAUAAAUAAUAAUUGAUUUAGGAAAAGUCUGGGAUUUAAUCUAAAUCAGAAGUACAUAAUAGAAGACGAGCAGUAUAUAGUGAAAAAUAAUUAAAAUACCUCAAACUUUGAAGUGUUGUGAUGUAAACACCCCAAACUUGCUUAUGUAAUUUAAAUACCUCAAACUUUAUAUAAAAAAGUUAUUUUAGAACCAUGGUCAUGUAUUAUUUCUUUCACAAAUGUUAAUUUUUGGUGUUAAUUUCAUAAUUUAAAAUAUUUUAGCAUUCAUGAAGAUGCAAUUAGCAUUCUAAACUUCCAUUUGUAAUAUGAAUAGUAUUACCCCCAUUCUAUAUAAUUGCAACAUUUUCAAUUUGCUAUUUUAAAUUAUGAAAUUAACACCAGAUAUUUACAUUUAUGAAAUAAACAAUACAUGAAUAUGAUGUUAAAAUAACUUUUUAUCAACAGUUUGGGGUAUUUAAAUUCCAUAUGAAAGUUUUUAUCUCACAUCCCUUCAAAGUUUGGGAUAUUUUAAUUAUUUUUCCCUAGUAUAUAUAAUCACUUUGUGUCCUUUUCUUGCUGGCACCGCUAUUCUGAGGACUCUUUACCAAUAGUGAGCUUCAUAUCUCCCUUUCUUGUUGGUACUACUAAAUUUUAUAAAGAAAGUUAAAAAUGCAGACAUAAGUUGUCGUGUGCCAUGCAAUCAUUGAAACACACACUGGCAGAGCAUUAUAGAAAAAAUAAACAUCACACAAUCACACACUAGAUUUGAUUUGGUAAGUGUGUCCACCUUGUUAUGCCCCUGAAGAGGGAGCUUCUCUUGGCUGGGCCACAUGCCCUAGAAUCAGAACUGUGGGCUAUGCUUUUCUUUUUUCAGGAUCGUUUGGGAACGGGUUUGGCCGAAUUUAGUAUGGUUGUGGCUGAUUGCGGUAGAGCCUCAGUAUCAUUGACAGAUGAUGGAAAAGAAGGGCGUGAAGAAGACAUCUUUUUCAUCAUCUCAAACCAAAAAACACACACUUCAUAUCGAUCAAGAUUCUGCAACCUCUCUCAUUUUCUUGAUCACCAUUGGUUCCUGGCCAAGAAGAUUGAAGAUGAAUAUAUACACAAGUUGACUAUAUGGGGAGUGAAGUGAGUGAAGAGUGCUAAACAUGUGUGGGUGUGGGCCCGGGAGGAUUGAAUUACAUAGUAUUAUUUUGGGAGUAAAGGGAAGAUUGAAUGCAUUUACGUUAUCUUGAAUGUACGUUAUCUCUUGCAUUCUGAGAUAAUUCUUGUAGACAAUAACUUACUUCUCCACCACCAGGGGUGGACCGUAGUAGAGACCUAGGGGGCAGUCGUCCCUCCAACAAUUUUUUUUAGUGUAUAUUUAUACCAAAAAAUAAUUUUCGCCCUCCUAAUUUUUUUUUUAAGUUACCGUCAUCUCAAGAUGAACUUCCUGGGUCCGCCCCUGUCCACCACAAACUCCACAACAAGCUUUAAAGGGUAAUUUUGUUUUAGGGGUGAGUUCUACACCUGGGCUUAUGGCACUGGUGUGCGUCUUUUAAAGGCUUGGUUAGUCCCCCAAAUUAAAUGUCCAAUAUUUUACUAAGCAC